AUGCGAAUGAAAUCGCGACUUGGACGAGCCAGACAAAUUGGCCGAUCAACACCGAGCCGGAUUCCCGACGACUGUCGUGUUUCCAACGCACAUCUGACCGAGCUCGGGCCAGACCGCCACAUCGAGCGACCUGCAACCAUGGAUCUCAACUUUGGCACGCCCGCUCGACUCGAGCGUCAGAUUGCUCAGGAUCUCAUGGAGACGCAGUCCGAGUUUGACCUCUCGAUGCCCGGUGGUGAUACCCGCGACAUCAGUGCUUCCCUUACCACCACACGCACCCCCUUGGCACCCUCGAAUCGUCACAACUCGUCCUUCUCGAGGCCAUCAGACUCUUCCGAUGUGUCGGUCACUUCGCCCGCCAAACACACGCAUCUAGCCACACCGCAUGCCAACAGGCGACCGGUCACACUAGCUGCUGCCGUCCACAAUGCUCAACAGGACUACGCUCACAGAAGCACGCACGACACAAAUGCCACUGGCUUGUCCACUUCCUCUUCCGCUUCCAGCAUAUCAGACUCGCCCCAUUCGGCUCAAUUCCCUGAUCCCUACGCGCACGUUCGAAGCACGUCGCCACCGCUCACCUCAACUCCUCAGCGUACCAUCGGCGCAUCCUCGACCGUCGGCUCUCGCACUCGCACGACCAUGACGGCUCGUCCGAAUCGAUCAAGCAGCAUAGAGAACACUGCCUCACACCGUCACGAUGACACCACAAAGGCCUCGACGUCUAGGGGUGCUCGCUCAACACGCUCUGCAUCCGCGGUGCUCGACGAUCUCACCGAAUCUUCAAUCGCACCAGAAGAAGCUUCCGAUCGCGACCGUGAGAGUCGAGCUUCCUCAUCUCGUCUGCACGACGCUCAACCUCAGCAGCACGAAUCCGACGGCCGUGACUUUGUCGUUCACGACGCUCCCACAGCUCCACUCACAUCUCGGAGCAUGUCGCCUGCUCUCACCCAGCCGGGUUCGGCCGCUGCCUCUGACGGCAUCGAUUGGCGACAACGUCGUGCUCAACGCAGGCAGCUGGUACGAAACGACGAGUCAGCUGUCGAUGAGGACGAGACCCAGCACGAUGCCGAGCCAGAUACAUAUACACGAGCAUCCUCGCAGCCCACUGCCACCGUUGCCACCCGCGCCGAUUCUGUUGCCGAGACCGAGUACACCGCUACCGCCUACUCUAGCCCAGCAGCGGCUCGUCUCGCCCGCCAAGGUCUCAUCGCAGCCGGUGCUCCUCAGAGGCAAGACACCAAAUCUGCGACGAGUACGCCCAGUCGCCCGCUCCAAACUGAUCUCGCUACUCCAAAGCAUGCAUCCGCCUCCGAGGAGCGCGCGAGAAUGAAGCAGUAUCUCCUCAACAGUGUCAAAGCGACAGACAGAUCUCGCUCACGUACCGGCAGGUCCUCCGAUGCGCACCUCGAUGCCAUUGAGCGUCUCAAAGCUCAGGCACAGCUCCACAGGACACCUGGCUCUCUCUCAGAGGGCGACGCUCGAACUAUCGAUAAUGGUUCGCCGGCUACGUCUACCGAUCCCACACCGAGACGCAGGAUGGAUCGCCUCGGGAAGGCAAACACCUUCGCAGCUGGUCGCACACCUCUACCCAAAGGAGGCGUUGCCGAACUGCUUCGACGAGGCGCCCUCUUUGGCGUUGCUGACUCUAGCGACGCAUCCACCGCAGCCGUCGACAGUCCUCUACGAGCAGCGCCGCACGGUGUUGAAGCCGUCAAAGAUGACGAGGUCGCAAGCGCUGUCGGCUCCACCACUACUUACUCCGAAGCGUCUUCGAACGACCUCGCCCUCGCCCCGAACGGAUCAAAGCAUGGUGCCAUGGGUCUACGAGCCAACACCUCCUUCCCCGGUCUUGGUGCAGCUGAUGCCGGUACCGAGGCCAACUCUGUUGCGAGACCACGCGUCGAUGCAGCCAAGCUCGCACUAUAUCAAAGCAAGCUCAACGCACGCCUCGACGCCGAGAACGACGAACUCAAACGUGAGCGUGACCACUUGCUUAACAAGAUCGCCCAGCUUCAGGCAGGCUCCUCGAACGAGGCUGUCAGCGAUCAACUACAAGCGGAACGCCAGCGGGCCGAUGCCCUCGACAAGGAAGCGCAAGAGCUCGCCGAUCUUCUCGAUGAAAAGGAGCGUGAGCUCGAGUCGCUGAAGACAUCCCAAGAUACACCUCCCAGCAGCGACAGCCGCGAGCAAGAAUUGCAAGACGAAAUCGAAGAACUUCAGAGCUUGCUCAAGGAAAGAGAAGAGGACCUGGAAGAAAUGGAAGCCCGACUCGACCGUGAACGCGCACAGAUGGAGGAGCAGGUCCAACAAGCCAAAGCUUUCUCCUUUCAAACCCUCGACAAAAUCGAGACGGAGAGAGAUCAAGCUUUGGAGCGUGUAGAGCAAUUGCAGGCCGAGCUUUCCGGACUACGAAGCCGCGAGCGCGACACAGCGUCGACUGCUGCGCACGAUCAGGUUCGCGUGGACGGGGAUUCGGCUUUGCAGCUUCGCGUUCAAGAACUCGAAACCGAAACGGAGCGUCUGCACAAGGAACUUGAAUCGCAAACAACACUAGAGGUCGAAGCUCUUCGAGAGCAAAGCAAGAGCGACGCUGCGCGCAUUCGCGGCCUGGAACGCCGUCUGAAUGCUGCCAAUGCGCAAGCCUCCAAGGGAGGCUCCUCAGGCGACAGGAGUGACGACGAUCAGGCUUUGCAGCUCGCGUCUCUGAGGGAAGAGCUUCGCGAUGCACAGGCUCACAUUGCAGAUCUCGAGGUCAAAGCUCAGGAUGGAAAGACAUCAGGGUCGAGCUCGCUUCACAACGAAAGGAUUCGAUUCCUCGAACAUCAAAAGGCCGAGCUGGAAGAUCGCGUCCAGCAAUACCGCGAGAUGAUCAGCAAGGGAGUGGGCACCAACCUUGCCAAUUUAUCCAAGAAUGGCGACGGCGGAGAUGCAGCCUCGCUUCCUCCAGUGACACCAGGCAGGACCAAUCUUGGCUCUUCGCCUCUUCCGAAAUCGGUCAUGAGCCUGCGCAACAUUUCGGCUGUCAAGACUCCUCGCUCUCCCGGUCCGCUCAGCGAGGCUUCUUGGCUGUACAACGAAUCAAGUCUUGGUGCUGCCAACGUUGUGGACAGGAUAACUUACCUCGAAGGCGCACUUGACGAGGCCAAUGCUUCGAUCGACGCCAAGCUGCAACAGCUCGAUGACGCAGGUGUCGCCCAUCUCACGCUCGCCGACAGGCUGCAGCAAGCUCACGAACGCAUCGCAGAGCUGGAGGCCGAGAUCGAAAGGCUUCGCGUGCUCGGCGGUCACAGCGGAGACACCUCCCAAGCAAGUCCGAACAAGAGCGUCAGUCAACGACAAAAAGUGUUCGCCGAUGUCCACGCACAGCUCGAGGGACUCAAGAGUCGGUGGGCUGCUGAUCACGACAAGCUGCAACAGCGCGAACGCGAGCUCGAACGUCGUGAGCGGGAGUUGCAAGAUCGAAGCACCGAGAAGCGUCAAUACCAGGAGGUCCUUGCUGAGCUCAACCGCUUCAAGGAAGCCGCAUCUUCCUUGCAACAGGACUUGCAGAACGAACGGGCCAAGCAGCGAAGCAAGCUUGCCGAGACGCGAGCCGUCAGCCAGCAAAAGAACUCGAUCGAAGGCAGUCUGUCGCGAACGCAGGCCGAGCUCGAAGCGGUCAAGCGCAAGCUCGAAGAGAAGAUGGGCGGGCUGGAGGAUCUCGGUCGCCAAUACAUGGAGAAGGCGGUCCAGCCAGAGAGCACCCUGGGUCGGCGCGAGCGAGCACAGCUCGACAGUCAGACUGAACAGCUCGCUGAUCGCUUCCAGGCGGCACAGACCGAGGUGGAGGUGCUCAAAGCUGAGCGCAACGACCUCCUCACUCAGCGCGCUGAUCUGCACAGGAAGUUCGCUGCCGCCAACGAGAACUACGAGCAGGUACUUGCCGAUCUCGCUACAUCCCGAGCGGCGUUGGCCGAGCAUCAAACGCAACUGGACGAGCAGAUCGAGCAGAUGGAGGCGGCACACGCUGCGCUGCGCUCCAAAAAGGCUGCCUACGAGGAGAUCGCCGGCGAUCGCGAUCGACUCCGUGCUGAACGCGAUUUGAUCGUACACGACGUGGGCAUGUUUGAGCAGGAAUUGCGCCGACUUCGUCGCGAAGCUGAUCGACAGGGUGCCGAUCUGGAAGCUCUCCGUGCCGAGCGCGAGCAAGCCCGACGUCAGCUGGCCUCUGACGAACAAGUCAAGGAUCGGGAGCGUGCAGAGUUCAUGGCGCAAGUUCGAACGUUGGUUGAACAGCUCAAGUCCAAGACGCACGAAGUGGACCGAAUCAAGCGCAAGCUCGACGAUUUGGAGCGUUCCCGAACGUCCGUCGUCGCUGCACCACCACCGUACGUCGAAGACCACUCGCUCAUCGCUGCAAGGAAGAUGCACGAAGCAGAAUGCAAAGGUCUCUUGCUCCAGAUCAAGUAUCUCAAACUCAAGCUCAACCGCGAAAUGGAUCUUCGAGCCGACCUGGUCCACCAAAAGCAAUACAUCAGUCUGCUUCUGCAAGGAUUCACUCGGUCAGACAAACAGCUCGGCAAGCUCAUCUUUGACCUCAACCUGCAAAGUCCGGACAGAGAUGCGAGGAGGAGGCCCGAUCAGGUCACACGCAGAUGGAGUAAAGCUCUCAAUGCCACUUUGGCAGUGGCGAGGAUGCAGAUUUCGGCCAACAAGGCGAAGCAGGUCAAGGAGAUCAAAAUGAACCUCAGCAAGGCGCAUGAGGAGGUGCAGUCGCGGAGAAAUGUCGGUCGCGGAUCAAAUGCGCAUGACCGUCAAAGUGGCACGGCAGCAGCGGGAGUCGUGGAGCGAAAGAGCGGGUUGGGCAGCUGGCAGCACGCGAUGAAGGGAUGA